AUGGCUUCUUUGAAGCUGGGAUCCAAGUCAGAUUCAUUCCAACGCCAAGGACAAACAUGGUAUGUGAUUCCUUGUUUUAAUCGGGAAUGACAAUUGCUUUCCUUUUUCUUGAAUGUGUUGACUGCGACAGCUGCCUGUUCUUCAGUUGUCUGAUCCGUCCGGGCAUAUUUCCAAUGCUUUAAUGAGAUCACAGUUCAACCAUUCGAGACUGAUAUUUCCCCCUUUAGACAGACAUUUUUAGGGGGAUUUUUAAGAUUACCCACAUUCAGGGUAAUUAAUUUCCUUUCUGAAAUUAGGAUGGUUCUAGAAUUCCAAAAUAAAUUCUAUAUUUUCUUAGUAUGAUCGCAAUCCUGUGAUUGCGUCUUUUCUGUGAUAGUGUAAACAUUCAAAUGUUUACGAUGUGGAUCUUUAAUGCAUCUUAUAUGCGCACGUACACGUUUGAAUCCUUCUUUCUUUCUCUUUUCCCGGAGAUGAAAAGAAACUGCACUGGUCGUGAGCAGAUGACCCCUCCCCAUGCUGGAUGUUGGAAAAGAUUCCUUGUGGCUCAUAAACAUCACUUGGCAUGCAAGAUUUCGAACAUUUAACGUGAGAUUGAUGGGAAUUUAUUUUAUUUGACCAGGGUCUGUCCGAGUGGGUUGCCAAGUGAUAUAUUCGUCGAAGUGGGAGAGAUUUCUUUCCAUCUCCACAAGGUGUGCUCCUUUGUUGAACUAAAUAUGACAUAAUUUCAUUUUAUGUCCCGUUGACAAUUUUUCUCAAUUUUCUGUGUCGGAUUAGUUAUCUUAACAAAAUUUCCUGUCAAGGUUACGUGAAUUUCCGAUAAUUUAAUCCUUCAAUUUCAAAGGACGUUGUUUUCCAAGUGUGAUUGGAUUUGUGAUUGGAUUGGGCUCUCAGAUCAACUGCAUUUCAAGGAGAUCCGGACAAAGGUGUGUAAGCAAAAGUGUUUGCGAUUGUUUACACAGUCCUUGUCUAAACAAAAAGAUCCAUGGAGAAAAAAUGGAGCAAAUUAAAACGAUGGAAAUAUGAGAAAAUCAAGAAACAUAAGUUUUUUUCUUCAUUUCUUAUUCCUAAGCCAUGUGAUUUUAUUGUUUUGGAUUUGUGGAAAUAUGUGCAAUUCUUAUCAUCUUCCUCUCGUUUCUCUCCUCUUCGAUCCUGUUAUCCUUUUGCUUAUCCUCCUGCGCACCAUGUUUUCUCGACUUUUAAUCACGAAUAUCCUCAUCCUGCACGGGAUUGAGUCUGAGAAAGUUGAUUCAGGAGCAUUUCAAUGUGAGAAUGCUCUUAAGAACUGUAGAGGUUCACAUUUUCUGAACCUCAUUUCAGUUUGUUGAAAUGGAGAAAAUAAAAUCUCGUCACAAAGGACAGAGGGGAGAACGGUGGAAACCGCCUCAAGAUUCAUUCACUUCUAACCCCCAUUAUAUGGGGAGAAACCUUACACAAUUUUGCAAAACACCCUCAGUCUGUUACAUAAUUUUCUUGCGACCUAGAAUUUCCAACACAGUUCAAAUGAGAUUCGGCCCGAAUUAGCUCAUCGUAAACUUUUGAUCGACCUGGCUGUCAGUGUCAUGGAUCUUCUUUCUCAUUUCAUUGUCCUGGUUUGCCUCUCUAUUGCUUCAUGAUCCUAACGUAAGGAAGUUGACUGAAGAAUGAGUUCUACCAAAGCUGUCGGAGGUGAAUUUCUUCAUGAUUAGACCCUCUCAUGUUUCAUAUCGAAUACGACGUUUCCUUUAAUAAACAUGUCAGGGACUUGAAACUAAACGGAUUCACCAUGAAUGAUAGGUGGUCUAUUCCAUUGAAAUAUUCUAGUUUUAUGCAUCCCUUUGAAACUUUUUACGGUUUCCAUCAGUAAAUGUUUUUUUGUGUUUUUUGUUUAUAGUAGGAUUGUGAUUCAGAUACGCAGGCCUGUAUCUUCUUUGAUCUGCAUCCCUCUUGAUGUACAUUAACUUAGAAACAAACAUCUGUGUAAUGUACACACGUACUAGCAUUGCGCAUUUAUUUAACUGAAAGGGUUCAAUCCAGGAAUACCUGUGUGUGAAUUCCUGAUAAAUAUAUCUGCUUGGAAUAGAUUAUUCAUAAAACUUAUUUUUUUAAGAACUAUUCUCUCCUGUUUCUCUGAUUUAACAUAAAUUUCCUUUGCACUUGGAUAUUAUGAAAUUGACACAUGCAUCCAUGUUUGGCGGUAAGGAUUGAUUCUUUUUUCUAGUUUCUCGUCCAUUUUUGUGAUUGAUAUCAGAUCUCUGGAACCAAGCGCUGUCAUUGGAAGGAUGGAUGUCUAACGCUUGUCAUUUUGUCUUUUAGUUUCCGUUGCUAUCAAGAAGUGGAUUGAUGGAAAAAAUGAUUGGGGAAAUAUCCAGUGAAGAUGGAGCAGCCAGUGUGUUGCAGCUUCACGAUAUCCCUGGUGGUGCAAAGGCGUUUGAGCUUGUUUCAAAGUUCUGCUAUGGCAUCAGAAUCGAAUUAAAUGCCGUCAACAUUGUCUGUCUGCGAUGUGCUGCAGAACGCCUGAACAUGACCGAAGACUAUGGUGAUGGCAAUCUCAUAGUGCAAACAGAGAAUUUCCUCAAUGAAAUAUUUACCACUUGGAAGGAUUCCAUCAAAGCUCUUGAAACUUGUGAGGAUGUGCUUCCCCACGCAGAGGAGCUCAAUAUUGUGACAAGGUGCAUCAACUCGUUGGCAACGAAAGCUUGUGCUGACCCAACUGUAUUUGGUUGCGCCAUGCCUGGACGCAGCAGGUUCACAAAGAGUCAUGGGGACACCGUCCUUUGGAAUGGAAUAGGCACUGGGUCAAAGAAAAGUUAUUUAUGUCAAGAUUGGUGGCAUGAAGACGUGUCAUUUCUUAGCUUGCCCCUGUACAAGAGGUUUCUUUCAUCUCUGGAAAUGAAAGGGAUGAAACCAGAAGGCAUUGCUGGCUCUCUUACGUUUUAUGCCAAGCGUUACCUGCCAGGUUUGAGCAGACAUUCAGGCUUCGUUGAUGGUGUGAGCCGUCUAAAACCUGGUGUAUCAGUUUCACCCCCCUCAGAGAGCGACCAGCGUGCUCUCCUCGAGGAAAUAGUAUCCUUGCUGCCCCCCAAGAAGGGUGUCACCUCAACUAAGUUUCUUCUCAGCCUGCUCCGAACUGCCUUGAUAUUGCAUGCGAGUACCUCAUCGAGAGAGACCUUGGAGAAGAAGGUAGGGGCACAAAUGGAUGAAGCUGCGUUGGAGGACCUUUUAAUACCUAACGUGGGCAGCUCAGUGGAAACCCUUUAUGAUAUAGACUGCGUUCAGAGGAUGUUGGACCACUUCAUGUUUGUGGAACAGUCUGCUGUUGCAGCUUCCCCUGGUAUUGUAGAUGAGGGGCAUUUGAUAUCUACCUCCCCUUCCUCAUUGACACCAAUGACCUUGGUUGCAAAGCUAAUGGAUGGCUACCUCGCAGAAGUUGCUCCAGACGUGAACUUGAAGCUUCCCAAGUUUCAGUCAUUGGCAACUGUAGUUCCAGAUUAUGCCAGACCUCUAGAUGAUGGCCUCUACCGUGCAAUUGAUAUAUAUCUGAAGGUAUACUCAAUGGUUUACGAUUGAAAUUUUGACUUCAGAUGCAAAAAUCAAAUCCUUUUACAUAUUGUCCACUUCAGAUGGGUAUGGCCAACAUACAUUGACGAGGCAUUCGCCAUAAAUCUAGGCCUCACUAUGACAGUACUCAAAUUGUGAUUUAUUUAAUGCACAAGUUAUAAUUGUGUCUUAUAUAGUAAACAUCCUUCCAUAUCAAUACCCGGUAAAUAGCCUUCCAUGUCAGUAUAAUGUGAACAUUUUUGUAUUCUUAUGUUUGUGUGGGCCAUUUAAAUUAUUAAUAAACCCAUUAUUGUGUUUUAUCCAUUUAUGUGGAUCGUCAACGUGGGCUUGCUUUCGUGUGCGCUUAAGCUCCUAGUUUCAUACGCUAAAUAUUAAAAUUACAACGUUUGAUUAGUAGUUUUCAAUUGCAGGCUCAUCCAUGGCUCACUGAUUCUGAGCGUGAGCAACUCUGCCGGCUUAUGAACUGCCAGAAAUUGUCAUUAGAGGCCUGCACGCAUGCAGCCCAAAAUGAGAGGCUACCCUUACGAGUGAUUGUCCAAGUACUCUUCUUUGAACAGCUUCGUCUCCGUACAUCAAUUGCUGGAUGGUUUUUUGUGUCGGAUAAUCUAGAGAAUUCUCAUGCUCCACAAGGGAACCUUCAACUAACCAAGAAGAAUGAGGAGCCUGCCCAAACAGAGAUCUCUGAGGAACUAAACGAAAGUGAUCAGAUUGUGCCUGGGGAUGACAUGAGGGUGAGGCUUUCUGAGCUCGAGAAAGAGUGCCUGAACAUGAAGCAAGAAAUUGAUAAGCUGGGAAAGCCCAAAAGCUCAUGGAAUAUGUUUCCCAAAAAGUUUGGAUUUUAA